UUAAACAAAAAGAAGGAAAACUUUAAAAAUGAGAUUCCACAAGCAGCCAAACUGGGCCUUUUGUUCUUUCACUUCUUCUGCUUUAAUGGCUCCUUCCAUUUCUUCUCUUUUUUUUCCCACACCUUCCCUUCUUCUUCUCCUUCGGCUUCUGACCCUCGUCUUACCCGUGGUUGCACCAUUUCUCCACGCCCCCAUGCUUUUGCUUUCUUCCCAAACUCCUAUAAAAACAACAACCUCACAACUCCUCCAUCACAAGAUAAAAAUGAAAAACUUUCUUCUUCAGAAAAGAAGUCUUUUGCUGUCGCAACAGGGGAGCUGUUCUUGGGAAUUGCAUCAAGAUUAAUAAAAAAUAGUUAUAAUAAUAGCUUUCAUGACAACUCAGGGUCAACAAUCCCAUUGUUUGACAGACCCAGAAAGAGAAUUAAUGAGAGUGGACUUGGAAAUAGUGAGCAGAAUGAUAAGGAGAGAAUUGGGUUAGUGAUGGAAGAUGAGAUAGAGCCAGAGGUGAUAUGGGAACAAAGAAUUAAGGAUAUUGAAGCUGAGAAAGAACGGAGAGUCGUUACCAGCCCCGGGUUUAGCUUUUCUGCCGCUGGCCUUUUGUUUCCUUAUCAUCUUGGGGUUGCCCAGUUUCUUAUUGAAAAGGGUUACAUAAAGGAAACCACACCAUUGGCUGGUUCAUCUGCUGGUGCCAUAGUAUGUGCAGUGAUUGCUUCUGGAGCUAGCAUGCAGGAGGCCCUAAAAGCUACUAAAGUCCUAGCUGACAAUUGCCGGCUUAAAGGGACUGCAUUUCGUCUUGGGGCUGUUCUCCGUGAUAUUCUUGACGAGUUUCUGCCACAUGAUGUUCAUACUAGGUCAAAUGGGAGGGUUCGUGUUGCUGUAACUCAGAUUCUUUGGAGGCCUAGGGGUUUACUGGUGGACCAAUUUAACUCCAAAGAAGAUCUCAUCAAUGCAGUCAUUACAUCUUCCUUCAUUCCGGGCUAUCUUGCUCCUCGCCCGGCAACAAUGUUUCGGAAUCGUCUAUGCAUUGAUGGGGGUUUGACAUUAUUUAUGCCCCCAACAUCUGCUUCUAAAACGGUCCGCGUCUGUGCUUUUCCAGCCAGUCGCUUGGGAUUGCAAGGAAUUGGGAUUAGUCCAGACUGCAAUCCUGAGAAUAGGGCUACCGGAAGAGAGCUUUUCAACUGGGCACUAGAGCCAGCAGAUGACUACAUUCUUGAUAGACUAUUUGAGCUUGGAUAUCUAGAUGCAGCUGUGUGGGCAGAGCAGAACCCCAUUGAGAACAUUGUUGCAGAUGAAAGUCCUCUUGUUGAGAAUGGUUCUGCAAAGUAAAUUCUUACAGGGUUAUUUGUACGUAAUAUAGGACAUUAGGGUAACUCUCACUCCUCCAAGAGGAUCGAUACUCGAUAGGGCUUGGCUAAAAUAUAGUUAUAGUAGCCAAUAGUAUACAAAUUUAUAUGGAAUAUUAACGUCAAACUAUCCUAAGAUAUCAUAGGCGCAACAAGUGACAAAGAAAGAAACUAAAAAGUGGAAUUUAGGAUCUGGAUAUAAAAUUUACUGUCGGUAAAUAUCAAAAUCCAUUCUUCCUUGCCAU